CUACUUUUGAGAGAGGAAAGGAAUCAUGAAGACUCUACUCUCAUUCUUCUGUCUAGUUACUUACCUGACCUGUGCUUUGAGUGCUAAUGGCUGGCCAAUCUCCCUUGACAUGGCUUGUAAUAAAGCUCUUUCUGCAGUUGCUUGCUCUUUUGAGUUCACUAACAAUGGGAAUGAGGAUCUUUAUCUACUGAAACGUAACAAUCCUCUUGAAGGACUCAACUCUCCAUUCAUUGAUGUCACUCAUCAUCCAAAUGGUCUCGUCCCAUAUAGUGGAAUAGUUGUUUAUCGUGUUCCUAUUCCUGAGAAAAAUGAGUUUGUUCUCUUGAAGGCAGGUGAGAGCAUUUCUACAACAGCUGAAAUCACUGACAUCUUCAAACUCGAUACUGACGGUCUCUACACUGUAAGAUACAGUAAGCCUUUACAGUAUCUGUCAGUAAAUGAGAUGAAUGCACAGCAAGCUCCUACUGACGAACUAUGGAAAUCAACAGUUGUAACAGAAUCUGCUGACAUUUAUCUGACAAAUACUCAGUUACUCACAAAACCCAAAGAGCCAGAAAUAGGUAAAGUAGAUUACACAGUCGAAGUUCAGAGCUGCGCUAGUGCCAGCUUUAUUGGUGGCAAUACUGAGAACAAUAAUAAAGUAUUGCAAGCUCAUGAGAGGAUCUGUGGCCAAAUGAGUAAUAUUAUUGAUAACAAAAUAAAUCAAAAUCCAUUGUACAGGAAGUGGUUUGGUGUCUAUAAUCCUGAAAGAGGACAAAAAGGUAAAGCUACAUACCAACGAAUGGAAACUGGAUUGUCCCUAGGCCACACAGUCAAGUACAACAAUAACGGUAAAUCCUGCUUCACCUGUUGGUUCGCAUAUACUUAUGUACAUGAGGGUAAACCAAAUGAUGUCAUAUACCUCUGUAGCCCUUUCUAUACAAUUCCAGUCAACUGCAUGGGGACUGAACACACAAUGGAAAAAGUGAUGGUACAUGAAUGGGCUCAUGCACUUGGCUGGACUAAAGAUUUCAGAUAUGAACCAAUAGGUUGCCAGUUUUUAGCUUAUGGAACUCCAGACAAAGCUAUUGUCAAUGCUGACUCUUAUAGCUAUCAUUACUGUGAAAGCUAUAAUAGCUGAGCCAAUGAAGUCUUCAUUUAUACAAAUUGCAAGACAAGAACAAUAAGAGUACCAUGCAACACUAUAGGCCAUGCACAUUGCUUUCAUUAAUAUUAUUAUUACAUUUUGUGACUUCAUCUUGUCUUUAUUAAUAAAAUUCAGUCA